CCUUAGUGGGUCCUGAUGGCCAAGAGAGGGAUCGGAAGUGCCCUAGAAAGUGCCUAUGGGUGGUCCGACGACUCUCCAAUACUUCUGAAAGCCUUUGUCCUCUGAACCUCUCUGACCAGUUCCAGCGAGCACAUGUGGCCUCCUAGAUGUGUGGAGCUGUCCCUGGAGCUGUAGCCCUUCACCACCAUCUCUACCUCCUUCCAUCUGAAGGAUCCUGAAAUCUCUGUCAUGGAGAAGUACCACGUGUUGGAGAUGAUCGGAGAAGGCUCUUUUGGGAGGGUGUACAAGGGUCGAAGAAAAUACAGUGCUCAGGUGGUGGCUCUGAAGUUCAUUCCAAAACUGGGACGUUCAGAGAAGGAGCUGAGGAAUCUGCAACGAGAGAUUGAAAUCAUGCGGGGUCUGCGGCAUCCCAACAUUGUGCAUAUGCUUGACAGCUUUGAAACUGACAAAGAGGUGGUGGUGGUGACAGACUAUGCUGAGGGAGAGCUCUUUCAGAUCUUGGAAGAUGAUGGAAAACUUCCAGAAGACCAGGUUCAGGCCAUUGCUGCCCAGUUGGUGUCCGCUCUGUACUAUCUGCAUUCCCACCGCAUUCUCCACCGUGACAUGAAACCUCAGAACAUCCUCCUUGCCAAGGGUGGUGGCAUCAAGCUCUGUGACUUUGGAUUUGCCCGGGCAAUGAGCACCAACACGAUGGUGCUGACAUCCAUCAAAGGCACACCACUUUAUAUGUCUCCAGAGCUGGUGGAAGAGCGACCUUACGACCACACUGCAGACCUCUGGUCUGUGGGCUGCAUACUGUAUGAGCUGGCUGUGGGCACCCCUCCCUUCUACACUACCAGCAUCUUUCAGUUGGUCAGCCUCAUUCUCAAGGACCCUGUGCGCUGGCCGACCACCAUUAGUCCUUGCUUCAAGAACUUCCUGCAGGGACUGCUCACCAAGGACCCUAGGCAGCGUCUGUCCUGGCCAGAUCUCUUACAUCACCCCUUUAUAGCUGGUCGUGUCACCAUAAUAACUGAACCAGCAGGCCCAGAUUUGGGUACCCCAUUCACCAGUCGCCUACCCCCAGAACUUCAGGUCCUAAAGGACCAACAGGCACACCAGCUGGCCCCCAAGGGCAAUCGUUCUCGAAUCUUGCGACAAGCCUGUAAACGCAUGGCUGAGGAGGCCAAGCAGAAGAAACACCAGAACACAGGACCUGCCCUUGAGCAAGAGGACAGGACCAGCAAGAUGGCUUCUGGCACAGCCCCUCUGCCUAGACUAAGAGCCACUCCUCAGGAACCAGGCCUCUUGGCUGGGAUCUUGGCCUCAGAAAUGAAGAACAGCUGGGCUGAGUGGGGGGCUGGAGAGGCCCCCCCUGUACCUCGGGAAAACCAGAUCAGCCAGGAUUCUGAACCAGCUCUCCUAGAGCUGAGGCCAGAGGUGGUGAGCCAGCGGAGCAUUGAUGCAGUGGACCUAGAAAAUGAGGAGCCCGACAGCGAUGAUGAGUGGCAGCACCUGCUAGACACCGCUGACCCUGUGCCUGUCCAGCUGAAGGCCCCCCUCACUCUGCUGUGCAAUCCUGACUUCUGCCAGCGCAUCCAGGGUCAGCUGCGCGAGGCAGGAGGGCAGAUCCUGAAAGGCAUGCUGGAGGGUGCUUCCCACAUCCUUCCUGCACUCCGGGUCUUGAGCAGUCUUCUGUCCAGCUGCAGCGACUCUGUUCUCUUGUACUCCUUCUGUCGUGAGGCAGGGCUCCCCGGGCUGCUGCUCAGCCUGCUCAGACACAGCCAGGACAGCAACAGUAUCCAGCAGAAGCCUCCCUGUUUGGUCAGCCCGACUGGAUAUCUGACACCUUUUUCACUGCCUUUUCUCUUCGUCUACAUUGCCCUUAUUCUCCGUCCUCUUCCCUGGCAGCAAUGUUGGUAUGGGACCUUCUUACGGCACCUGAUGGCUGUGAUUCAGGCCUAUUUUGCCUGCACCUUCAAUCUGGAGAGGAGCCAGACAGGUGACAGCCUACAGGUGUUUCAGGAGGCCGCCAACCUCUUUUUGGACCUGUUGGGGAAACUGCUGGCCCAACCAGAUGACUCUGAGCAGACUCUAAGGAGGGAUAGCCUUAUGUGCUUUACUGUUCUGUGUGAAGCCAUGGAUGGGAACAGCCGGACCAUCUCCAAAGCCUUUUACUCCAGCCUGCUGACUACCCAGCGGGCUGUGCUGGAUGGGCUCCUUCAUGGCCUGACAGUUCCCCAGCUCCCUUUCCACACACCCCCAGGAGCCCCCCAAGUGAGCCAGCCACUACGGGAGCAGAGUGAGGACCUGCCUGGAGCCAUGUCCUCUGCACUGGCAGCCAUAUGCACUGCUCCUGUGGGGCUGCCCAGCUGCUGGGAAGCCAAGGAGCAGAUCUCUCAGCAUUUGGCGAAUCAGCUCACCGAGGACGACAACCAACUGAGACCGUCCCUUAUCUCUGGCUUGCGGCAUCCCAUCCUGUGCCUACACCUUCUCAAGGUUCUCUACUCAUGCUGCCAUGUCAGUGAGUGCCUGUGCCAUCUGCUAGGGCAAGAGCCCCUGGCCUUGGAGUCACUGUUGAUGCUGGUCCAGGGCAAGGUAAAGGUAGUAGAUUGGGAAGAGUCUACUGAGGUGGCACUCUACCUCCUCUCCCUUCUUGUCCUUCGGCUGCAAGAUCUGCCAUCUGGAAUGGAGAAGCUAGGCAAUGAGAUUGCUACUCUCUUUACCCAUUCACACGUUGUCUCUCUCGUGAGUGCAGCAGCCUGCCUGUUGGGUCAACUUGGUCAGCAAGGGGUGACCUUUGACCUCCAGCCUGUGGAGUGGAUUGCCGCAGCCUCACACGCUCUGUCUGCCCCUGCAGAGGUCCGGCUGACUCCACCAGGUGGCUGUGGAUUCUAUGACGGCCUCCUCAUCCUGCUGCUGCAGCUUCUCACCCAGCCAGGGAAGGGUAGCCUGAUAAGGGACGUGGCUAGCUCAGAAAUGUGGACCAUUCUAUGGCACCGCUUCUCCAUGGCUCUAAGGCUCCCCGAGGAGGUGUCUCCACAGGAAUCACAGCCAUCACAAAGCCCAGAGCCAGACUGGACGCUGAUCUCACCCCAAGGCAUGGCAGCCCUGCUGAGCCUGGCCGUGGCCACCUUCACCCAGGAGCCCCAGUUAUGCCUGAGCCACCUGUCUCAACGUGGAAGUAUCCUCAUGACCACCCUGAAGCACCUGCUUUCCCCCAGCUUCCUGCGUCAGCUGGGCCAGGCACCUCACGGGUCUGGGUUUCUGCCCGUCGUGGUGCUCUCUGUCUGCCAGCUCCUCUGCUUCCCCUUCGCCCUGGAUGUGGAUGCCGACCUCCUUGGAGGUGUGUUAGCUGACUUAGUGGACUCAGAAGUCACAGCCCGCCUGCUGCAGGUCUGCUGCCACCAUCUUCCGUUGACGCAAGUUGAGUUGCCUGUCAGCCUCCUCACACACCUGGCCCUCACGGAUUCCACCUCUCUCAACCAGUUUGUGAACACAGUGGCUGCCUCCCCUAGAACCAUCAUCUCCUUCCUCUCAGUUGCCCUCUUGGGUGACCAGCCGCUGCUGACCUCUGACAUUCUCUCCUUGCUGGCCCACACAGCCCGAGUACUGUCCCCCAGCCACUUGUCCUUCAUCCAAGAACUCCUGGCUGGCUCUGAUGAAUCCUAUCGGCCCCUGCGCAGCCUCCUGGGCCACCCAGAGAAUUCUGUGCGGGCCCGCACUUACGGGCUCCUGGGCCACCUGCUGCAAUACAGCAUGGCUGUGCGUGGGGCACUGCAGAGCCAGGCUGGGCUGCUCAACCUUCUGCUGCUGGGGCUUAGAGACAAGGACCCUGCCGUGCGGCGCGGUGCCAGCUUUGCCGUGGGCAACGCAGCCUACCAAGCUGGUCCCCUGGGACCUGCCUUGGCAGCCGCGAUACCCAGUGUGACCCAGCUACUUGGAGAUCCUCAGGCUGGUAUCCGGCGCAAUGCCGCAUCAGCUCUGGGCAACUUGGGCCCUGAGGGAUUGGGGGAGGAGCUGUUACAAUGCCAAGUACCCCAACGGCUCCUAGAGAUGGCCUGUGGAGACCCCCAGCUAAACGUGAAGGAGGCCGCCCUCAUUGCCCUCCGGAGCCUCCGACAGGAGCCCUGCAUCCAUCAGGUGCUGGUGUCCCUGGGGGCCAGUGAGCGAUUAGCCAUGCUCUCUCUGGGGAAUCAGCUACUGCCGCAUAGCAGCCCCAGGCCUGCCUCUGCCAAACACUGCAGGAAACUCAUUCACCUCCUGAGGCCAACCCACAGCACGUGAUCUCAGAUUCCUACGGUCCAUCCACCCACUUUCGUUACCCCUCUAUUGCCAACCUUUUUCUACUAUUCAAGCCACCAACUCAACCAAGAACUAAAAAGAGACUAAAAAAAGAGAUAAGCUACAAGUCAAAUGAUUUAAGAACGAGAAACUAGAAGAGAUUUAUGUAUAAAGCUCCCUCCUUUCUCCAGAUUCAGGAUGAUUUCAAUCAGUAAACUUCAUUGCUGUUGGUGCCA